AUGCUAGACAAUGACAUAACGCGACAAUGGCGUUGGUCGCGUUCGUCGCGUCGAAGUCGACAACCGCGUAUUUCCGUAACCUUUUUCUACUCGAAUCUUUUUGUUGCAUGUAAAGAUAUGACCAGUGUUACGUUCUGGGUUGCUUUCAACGUGGUGCUUUUCUCAGAACGUUCAGUCAUAUUCUUGGAUCAGUAUGUCGGGCGAGGUUAUCACGUCCUCAAAAAUACGACUUCAACUUAUCAUCAGAUUUAUCUCUCGUGCUCUAGCUACUUGGUUAUCUCGUCUGUAUACGUUGCGGGAUUUUGUCGCUUGCUGGUGAUGUGCACGUGGCUGCCAACAUCUAACUUGGUACAUUACAAACCGGAUGUCUGCACUUUUGCUAGCAAGAAUUUGGCUAAGCAAAGAAGGAAACAUAUUUGCAAAGGACACACCUUGAGUUAUGCAGCGCCAUCAAUAAUGUAG